AUGGCGGCAGGGGGAGGGCGGGCCGAGGGCGAGGUCGGGGAGGCCGGGCCGAGGGCGCCGGCAACUGCGGGUCGGGAGGCCGGGGCGGCGCCGGCAGCUGCUGGUCGGGCCGGUGAGGGAGGCCGGCUGGGCGGCGUCGGGUCUGCUGCGGCGGUGGGGAAAGGGGACGGCGCGCGCGGUGGGGAAGGGGACGGCGGCGCAGCGGUGGGGACGGCGCGCGGCGGCCGGUGGUGGCGGCGGGUCGGGGUGGCGGGGCGGCGGCUGGGAAGGGGACGGGGCGGCGGCGAUGGUGGCGGGCGGCGGGUCGGGCCCUUCCAAAUUCCAAUCCCCAAUCCACAACCGCCGCCGCCCUUCUUCCGGUCGCAACUCCGCGUCGGUCGGCGGUCGCCGGUCGACCUGCGCUCCGUACGAGAAAUCGCGCCGGCUGCCUUGCGCCCCGUCCGAAACACAGCGCCACCGACCUCUCCAACGACGGCGGCCCUGCGCCCCAUCCCUAAAGCCGCGCUGGCAGCCCACUCCAACGCCGCCGCGCCGCCGCGCCGCCAGCCCACUCUAACGCCGGCGUUCGACGCGAGGACAUCCUACCGCUGCGCGGCCGACGCCCUAAGCGACGCGUGGCCCUGCAUCCCGACCUCUGCUCGGCCCUGCAUCCCGAAAGUUGCGCCACCCAUUCACCGGACGCGAGGCUGCCGCCUCCCGAUGACUACAUCUGAAGAAUCUUCAAACAGCUACGACUCAUCUGCUGAUGAUUCCGAUUCACCUCCUGCUUCUGAAACUGAAGAAGGUACUGCAGAAGAAACUAAGUCACAAGAAGCCCCACUGGCAAAAAUUGAUCAAGCAUGCAUGAUCACCGAAUGAGGUAAGGGGCAUUUUAUUCAUCGUAUAUUUGGUCAGCUUGAAAUGUAUGUUUUCUCUUCAUGAUUAGUAAUAGUGGAAAUCUGUUAACACUAACAAUCCAUAGCUUUCCUCCUGCCUCGUUUGUUCUUCUCUCUCUACCCAACUUCCCUCAAAUUCCCUUUCCAAAAGACUACCGAGAGGUUACUAGAAAUGAUGCCAAGUUAUGUGCUGAUGUCUUUUGUUAAUUUUUGGUUCUCUGCUGGGCUACCGGGAAUAUACUUUUACAAUCUUUUUGGUUUUAAACUAGCGCAAAAACAACUAUAGUUUUGCUAUGUACUAUUGCAUUUUUCUCAUGUACUUUGGUUGCAAAAUAAUACAGUAAUAAAAUUCGGACGCACCGUCCACCGUGGAUCCAGAAUCACCACCGUCGCCUAGGACGAUGGUCCUGGUCGCUCUAGGAGCAGGAAUCGCGGCUGCUGAGUAGGUGGCUGGCGUCUUGGUUCGCAGUGUCGCGCCACAAGCAUGGCGUAUACCACCAGUCCUCGCUUGACGCUGGGUACUCCAAGUGCUUCCCCUUACAGCGGAAUCCUGCACGUUAAGACUGCCUGUGUUCUCUGAAUUUUUUUUUUUUCCAUAUGUACCAACACGUUAUUGAUUCUACUCUUCAGACUUCAGUGACAAUUAGCAACGUGCAUGCUUCAUGAUUUUAAGCAAUGUAAAUUAUUUUCAGACUAUCAUCUUGUCCAUUUUAUUCAUGUUAACUGGUAUUUUAAGCAAUGUAAAUUAUUUUCACAAAUUAUUGCUGAGGUAAGAGGCUACUGAGAUCUUACGGCAGCAAUUUUAGCAAAUCCAUUAUAUCUUCAUGUAGGAGGGAUUUCUUUGAUCUUGGGAAUCAUCAUAUCCAGUUGUUACUGUCCCAUUGUAUUUUAUCAUCCAGAGCUUGGAAAUAGUUGCAUCUGAUGUUGGAUUAUAGCUUUGCUCGAUCUUAUUUAAAGCACAUGUUUGUUUGUAAUUUUUUUUACUUCUAUCAGAUUAUCUUAUGUAAACAUGAAACUGCUAAUAAAUAUGCUCUAUAUUUGUGCAUGUGAAUUUAGGUAUAUUUAUCAAUACUAGAAGGUGUGCAAACUUACUAGUAUUUUCUCAUUUUGUACUAUGUUUAUGUUCCCUUUUGCCA